UCGCUCUGCUCUCGGGGAGACGCUGUGUCCAUCAUGGUCGCCAGCAAGGGCAAGAAGAACGGCUCCGGCAGCGCGCUGCCCCAGUUCAACGCCGGAGACCUGGUCCUCGCCAAGCUUCCCGGUUACCCUUUCUGGCCGGGUAUGGUCGUCGAUACGGCGCCAACAAACGUGAUGAAGCAAAAGCGUGGCGCAAACCAGAAGAUUAUUCGCUUCAUUCCCGACUCCAACUACGGUUUCCUCGGUGGCCGGGAGCUGAAACCGCUGUCACGGGAUGACAUUGAAACAUACAUCAAUGACAAGACGCACACAAAAGGCGAUCUGCUUGAAGCGUACAAGACCGCGCUGAACCCAGAUGCGUGGCAGCGGGAAGCUGACGAGCUGGAGCGCCAGGCCGAGCAAGCUGCACUCGAAGCUGCCGAGAACGAGGAUGAGCUUGAUGACGACGCAGACAAGCCAGCAUCCAAGAAGAGGAAGUCCUCGUCUGGUGGUAGCACCAAGGCGAGCGCGUCAUCGAAGAAGUCGUCUUCCUCGGGGGCGAAGAAGGCGUCCAAGGCGGGCGAGAGCAAAAAAGCAGAAACGGGCAAAAAGCGCAAGGCGGAUGGUUCCGGCGCGGGUAGCGGAAAGGACGACGACAAGGAUGAUGGAGCAGAGCUCGGCCCUGCGAGCAAGAAGGUCAAGGGAUGGAGGCAUGAGUUGCAACGCAACUUCCUUGGCAAGGACGGCGUGCUCAAGGAUUCGAUGGACAAAUCCGGCGAAGUGUUUGAGACACUCGAGGCGUACACCGACAUGACGCAAAAACAACUGCAGGACUCCAAGAUCCUUAAGGUGCUCAAGAAGAUCAUCGGUCUCAAAGACGGAGAGAUCCCGGCCGAUGCGGAGAGCAAAUACAAUUUCAAGUCAAGGGCAGACAAGCUCUACUCAAAAUGGGCUGACACUCUGGCCAGUGGCAACAGCAGCAGUGCGGCUCCUUCGGCGCCAACUGCGCCUAUUGCCGACGGCGCCGAGCAGGACAAGGAGGCGGCAGCAGCAGAGGGGAGCAAGGAGAGCGAGAAGGCGGCUGUUGUCCCGAACGGCGAUGCUGCGCCGGCAUCUGCGCGUGCCGAAGACAAGUCGGAGGCGGAGACUCUGGCUCCAGCUGCGGCUGCAUGAGCCGAUUUUGCGUGCGGAAAUUCGAGGACAAGGAGUACUGCGUAGCGCUUCUGUGUUGCCAGGCCGCCCGCGGAGCCAGUGCUUCAGCGGCAGGCCGCACGCCUCAGGCUGCGUUCACAGGCAUGCGUGGAAAAGGAUCUGCUGCAUCCCAAAAAUUCUACAUAUCCGCCAUCUCUGGAUCUACCUCGGAGCAGCAUGCCACAUGAACACCGCUUGGGGCGGAUGCAAUGUUGGUACAUAUCGCUGCUGGGCCGCGAGUCUUGGCAAUACACAGCAAUUCAAGAUAAAUGGGUCCCAGGGCGGUGCGCGCGCGUGUGCAUGAUGGAUAGCCCAUCGACUCGCGCAAGGAGACCUCACGCGUCAAGGCCUUGAAUCUCCAACAUCUCCGUACCACCCCGCUCCUGAAAUCUUUUUGUAUUUUUUCGAAAGUGUUCUUCGUUCCCUCUUUGUU